UCUCUGGCAGCCCCAUUUUUGAUGGUAGAGACAAUUAUUUGGGCGACAUGUCAAUAUAUGUUUUCCAAAUCAGAUAAAACUUCACAAGUUAUUACGAAUUUAAGUAUAGAGCAUCAUUGGUGAAUGAUGUUAAUGUCCGCCAUCUGUUGGGAAACUUGGAAAACAUGUUCAUAAAGAUUUAAUUAUUUUGAAAUUGGUCAUCAAAGUAACUUCUUAAAUUUUCUGUUUCUCGGAUGUGAAUAUCAAAUAUUCUUUUCGAUAUGUCCACUGUCAUGUUGUUUGAUGACUAGAUUCUUACUCACAAAUUCAAAUAGUUACCAUAUGAUUCCUUAUUAGCUGGACUAUAUAACAUUUGUUUGUGAGGUUUGCACUUUGCCACCGAUUGUCUUCUGGGUUCCAUAACAGAAAUGGCGAAUAAUAUGAAUUUAUGUUCCACACAUAAUCAGCACGAAAAACUCAAUACAAUCACCAAAGCUCCCAGUUCACUUCCAUAAGCGCAAACAUAUCGUUGCUAUAUGUGGCUUUUAUUAAGACGAUUUCCAUUCGAAGUUAAAUAUAGACUAAGAAUCCCAUUUACUGUACAGAGCUCGUAAACCUAAAAUGGCCGACCUAAUACAUUUGGGAAACAUAGAUGUAGUCAUUCAGAAGGACAAACCCGGAUCGCCAACGGGCUGUUCCGACGAUGGAAACCUAGGAGGGAUCGGUGGCAUGAGUGGCUUGGGCGGCAUGAUGGUCGCAGGUGGCAUUGAUUUGGGCGACCUGGCACAGGAAUUGGAUCACGAUGAAUUCGAUGGACCCCAUAUGCUAAAUGGCGAUCGUCCAGCGAUUAUUGCUCCUCCGGAAAGUGAAUGGUACCAUGGACGACUCGAUCGUUACUCUGCUGAGUCACGUCUGCGGGGAAGCAGUAAAUUGGGAAGCUAUUUGGUUCGGGAAAGUGACCGUAAACCUGGCUCUUAUGUUCUAAGUUAUUAUGGGCGCACCGGCAUAAAUCAUUUUCGAAUCACAGCCGUGUGCGGAGACUUCUAUAUUGGUGGACGACAAUUCAUUUCCCUGAGCGAUCUUGUUGGCUACUAUACCUCAUGCAGUGACUUGCUGAAGCGCGAACGGUUAACCAUACCCGUGGCUCCGCCGGAGCCAGUCAAUGACAAGAAGCGCGUCGUGGCCAUCCUGCCUUAUACAAAAAUGCCAGAGACCGAUGAGCUGAGUUUCCAAAAAGGUGAUAUCUUCUUCGUGCACAAUGACAUGGGCGAUGGAUGGUUGUGGGUCACUGCCCAUCGUACUGGCGAGCAGGGAAUGAUUUUCAGAGAACUUGUGGACGAUCUAGAUGUGUCCAUCGAUCCGAAUACCGUGUUUCCUUGGUUUCAUCCGAAUUGCACUAAGAACGAAGCCGUCGAUAUGCUGGUUAAAGCUGGACCAGGAAGUUUCUUGGUUCGUCCAAGUGACAACUCGCCAGGGGAUUACUCUCUUUUCUUUCACAUCAACAACCAGAUCCAACGCUUUCGCAUAGAGAAGAAAGGCGUGCGGUAUUUGAUGGGAGGACGGACUUUCGAGUGCCUGGACGCGGUGAUCAAUCGAUACCGCAAAGAGCAGAUUGUGGAGGGUCACUCGCUCAAUCAUCCAGUUGUGAAUGGCAUUCAGCCCGAGUUCAAUCAGCAAUACGUUGUGGAAAAGGCAGCCGAGAAAAUAUACGCAACACUGCGAGAGUGCCGCGAUCAAAUCGGCCUCAAGAAGAUCAAGGGCAUUAAGCAUCACGGCCACUUGAACAAGAAAUCCGACAAGACGACAAAAUGGAAACAACUCUAUUUUGCUUUAAUAAACGACGGCUCCGAGACGCAGCUGUGCUUCUAUGACAAUCCCAAAAAGACCAAACCGAAGGGCCUGAUCGACUUGUCGUGUGCCUACCUCUACCAAUGUCACGACUCCCUGUGGGAGCGACCCUAUUGCUUCCAAAUCGUGGAGAGGGCCUUGCCUUGCCUGGCCACCGUCACAUAUCUCUGUGCUCCUAGUCAGGAAAGCUAUGUGGAGUGGAUCAACUCCCUCAAGGCGCAGUGCGACUCGCAGUUGAGUCGAGCCCAGAAGAAGGUCUCCCGCCUUCGCGAGCUCCGAUGCCUCAACCUGCACGUGCUGGAAGCGCAUCGCUUACCAUUCAAAUUAGUGCCACAUCCCUAUUGCAGUAUUUCCCUCAAUCAAGUCAAGGUGGGCAAAACCCGAGUCAAAAUUGCCCCUGAACCCGUGUGGGAGGAGGAAUUCGUACUAGACGAUGUCCCGCCAGACGUUGUCUCCCUAACCAUAACGUUGAUAUCCCGCGGAAAGCGCGGCAAAGACUCCGAAGUGGCCGAGCUCACCAUCGACUUGUCCAGUUUGAAGAACGGCCAGGAGACGGAGGGCUGGUACCAGCUCACUGGCAUGACACCGAUGGGCGAAUGGGGCUCGCUGCGGCUGCGCAUGCGCUACCUCGACGAUCUGAUAAUGCCCUGCGAGGAGUACAGUCCGCUGCAGCAGCUGCUCCUCGAGUCGGAGCUGUAUGCGGUGAAGGCGUUGGCGGAGCUGUGCCACAACGACCGUGUUCCCCUGGCCACGGCCCUGCUGCGAGUGUUCCGGCAGGAGAAACGGGAGACGGAACUCAUCCGAAUGCUGUGCCAGGCGGAGGUGACGCGCGAGAACGAGACCACCACGCUCUUCCGUGGCGCCUCAUUGGCCACCACACUAAUGGAUCUGUAUAUGCGCACCGAAUGCAGCGGAUUCCUGCAGUCGGCCGUCAGCGAAACGGUGCAGCGCAUUCUGGAGAGCAAGCAGUCGGCCGAACUGAAUCCAACCAAAAUGGACGUCAACGAUGAUGCCUGCACGAAUGCGGAGUUCCUUCUGCAAAUCCUCGAUCUGGUCACCCAGUCGAUAUUCACAUCGCCCGACGCCUGUCCCCGUAACGUGCGCUUCAUCUGCAACUGCCUGCAGAAGGCUGUGAUGGCCAAGUGGCCGACAGAGCGCCUGGUGCGCACCCGCGUCGUCUCUGGCUUCAUAUUCUUGCGUCUCCUGUGCCCAGCCCUGCUCAAUCCACGCCAGUUCGGUCUGGUCAGCGAGACGCCCCCGAUGGCAGCCACCCGAUCAUUGGUCAUGGUCGCCAAGUGUCUGCAGAAUCUAGCCAACUUGAUUGAGUUCGGCGGCAAGGAACAAUACAUGGAGGUUGUCAAUCCGUUUAUAUUGAAAAACAAGGAACGCAUGAUCGUCUUUUUGGAUCAACUGUCCCUCGUAACCGAUCCGAAUCCGCCGCUUGGAAUGUUUGUGGAGCAAAGCACAAACCUAAAUUCACAAGACACUGGGCGCGAGCUGGCUACGUUGCAUCACAUCUGUGUAUCACAUUCGCAAGAACUUCACGAAUUAUCCAACAUACUUUCAAUUAAGAAGCUGGUCACAGUCACCGAUAUGCUGACCAAGCACAAGCUGAAGUACCGCGAGAUGAUCAGCUAAAAUAAAUUGCGAAGACCGGAUAAUAAAAGAACUGUCUUCUUAUCUACACAAGUCCCUUCAUACCUUUUUAUAAAAAUAUUUAUAUGUGUAUACUAUUAGAAUACAUAAAGUAAGAACUCAUAAUAACUGGUUGCAUUGUAUUGGAAUAGUAAGCGAAAUAUCAUUUAUAAAAAUUAUUUAUAUGAAAUGAAAUAAUAUUUAACUGA